AUGUAUGUGUCCGAUAAGCCCAACUACCCUCUGAUCCAGACUCUGCUGGAUUCUGUGCAGCAGGAGCUUUGGCUGAUGCUGGACCCUCCUGAUGGCAGCAAGGAGCAUCCUGCCACCACAUGCAUGGAGCUCUGGAUCUGUCACCCCGAAUACAGCAGCGGAAUGUAUUACAUCGACCCCAACCAGGGCAGCACAGCGGACGCUCUGCUGGCUUACUGCAGCUUCUCCUCCACAUCAAAACAGACCUGCCUUCAUCCUCGAGACUCUCAGUUGCCCAUGAAAGCCUGGAUGGAAGAACUUUCUGAUGAGGGAUCCUUUCAGUGGCUCAGCAGGCUGGAUCAGGGGUUUCAGUUUUACUAUCCAGGUGCUAAUGUGGUCCAGAUGCGUUUUCUAAAGCUGCACAGUAGCUCUGCCGUCCAGAACAUGACCUUCUCCUGCCACCCGGGACACAGACUGGGCCAGACAGACAGAGACAUCAAAUUCCUCACUGACACAAGGAAGCAAAGCUUCCUCGGAGCACUUAAAGACUGCGUGCCUGGAGAAGAGACCGUUUCUGGACCUCGGGAGUCUGUCUUUGAAUUUGAGGACCUCCAGCUGCUUCCUCUGAGAGACGUAGCUCUGAUGGGAGGCGGUAACGUCACACACCAGUUUGGCUUCACUGUUGGACCCGUGUGUUUCAGCUAG